AGAUGAGGAGGAGCUGCGAAAGUCCCUCUCAGAGCUGGCAGACCCCAACCCAAAGUCCAUUAAGCGCAUCAGCAGCUGCAGUAACCCCUUUCUGGACUUCUCCCAAGACUCCAGCAUCGCCACCUACAAGCAUGGACUGUUAGUGCGCAAGAUCCACGCUGAUCCUGACUGCAAGAAAACACCCCGAGGGAAGCGCGGCUGGAAGCCCUUCCACGCCAUCCUGAAGGGGAUGAUUCUCUACCUGCAGAAGGAGGAGUAUAAGCCGGGGAAGGCGCUGGCGGAAGAGGAGCUGAAGAAUGCUAUUAGCAUCCACCAUUCGCUUGCCACACGGGCGUCUGACUACAGCAAGCGACCCAACGUCUUCUACCUCAGGACAGCUGACUGGAGGGUCUUCCUCUUCCAAGCACAGAACCCCGAACAGAUGCACUCGUGGAUCACACGCAUCAAUGUGGUAGCAGCCAUGUUCUCUGCACCCCCCUUCCCCGCGGCCAUUGGCUCCCAGAAGAAGUUCAGCCGUCCGCUGCUGCCCAGCUCCUGCACCAGGCUGUCGCAGGAGGAGCAGGUGAAGAGCCAUGAGACUAAGUUCAAGACGAUGUCAGCGGAGCUGUUGGAGCAUCGCUCCUCACUGCCUGAGAAGAAGGUGAAGGGUAAAGAGUAUGAGGAGCUGAAGCAGAAGGAAGAGUACCUGGAGUUUGAGAAAUCCCGCUACGGCACCUAUGCCAUGCUGCUGCGGGCCAAGCUGAAGGCCGGCUCCGAGGACCUGGCAGCAUUCGAGUCCACCCUCUUUGAUGCAGCGGGUGGGGAGGACGAUGGCCUGAAAAAAUCCCGCUCCAGCCCCUCGCUCAAUGCGGAGCCCUCUGGCACAGCCACCAAGGUGAAGCGUAACGUCUCUGAGCGCACCGGCCGCCAUCCCCCUGGCCACCCCCACAAGUCAUAAGUGAGGGGCAUCAGCCACUUGUGCUGCAGCUCCGUUCCUGCUCCCCCCCGCCCCAGAGCUGGGGUGGAGGCCACGUGCUCACCGAGACCCUGCAUGAGUCCAUCUGUGGCACAAGCUGGGGUGGGGGUGACAGCCCUUCCCCGGCUGCCAGCACAGCCAUGCAGGGCCACGGCCCCUCCACCAGAGAUGGUGGCAGAGCAGGAUGGUCCCUGGUCCUUGCCCACGGGAGCUGCUAGCACCGUCAGCUCCAUCAGACUCGUUCUUGCCCCUCCUUGUCCUGUGCUUGGCUGCAGGACCCAGUCCUCCUGCC